UUUUUUCUUGUUCAAGUAACUUCUCAAUUAUUUAAGCAUUAAGUGCAAAUAUUGUUUCUGGGAAACUAAACUUUAGAUUAAUUAGCCUCUUAGCCCUAAUAAAUGUCAUUAGAUCCAAAAGAUUUAGGAGGCAAAAAGGAUGGAAAUCAUGUUGUUGAUUGCAAAUUUUUGGAAUUUGUAUUUUUACUCCAGCCGUAAGCAGUUUCCAAUAUUUGGAAGCAAAUUAGAUGACUCGUUGGUUGCAUUGUAAGAGUUCAAGAAAUUAAGAAAUUAAGUGUUAAUCCUAAAUCCUAAGAACAUUUAUUGUAUUGUAUUGGUCAAUUUGAUUAUUUGUUAAUCUUGAUUUAUAAAUCUUUAAUUGUGGUUGUUUGAAUUUGAAGAGUUCAAUCAUGUCUAGUAGCGGGGCUAGUGGCUCUGAUUCGUGUAAUGUAAGUGGUGAUGCUACAAAUGAAGAGGGUGAUUUCUGUUAUUAUCCUUUGUGGAAAUAUGUCGUGAAAGGGGAAAAAAUGAGUGGAGGUGGGGGUAAUUACACUUGGCAAUGCAACUUUUGCAAACAAAUAAAGAAUGGUUCAUAUACUAGAGUUAGAGCACAUUUGAUGGGAGUUGCAAAAGGUGGAAUUAGUCAAUGUCCUAAUGUAACAAAUGAGGAUAAAAUGCAAAUGAGAAACUUAGAAAGACAAGUUGAGCAAUAUAAAGAAUCUAGACAACCAAAAAGACCACCACUUCCUAGUCAUUCUUUGUCUUCCGAAACUUCUCUUUCACCAACUUCAUAUGCCAAGAAAAGAAAAUCUGACAACCCAAUCAACAAAGCUUUUGAUAUACAAGCUCGAAACAACUUAGAUGCGGAGAUAGCAAGGAUGUUUUUUACUGGAGGAUUGCCUUUUAACCUUUGUCGAAACCCUUACUAUGUUAGUUCAUACAACUAUGCUGUCACAAAUAAUAUUCAUGGUUACAAGCCUCCCGGUUACAAUAAAAUGAGAACCACUUUGUUAGAGAGAGAGAAAGAAAAUGUUGAAAGGCUUUUAGAACCAACAAAGGCUACUUGGAGGGAAAAAGGAGUAAGUAUAGUGAGUGAUUGGUGGAGUGAUCCACAAAGGAGACCUUUAAUUAAUCUCAUGGUAGCUUGUGAAGUUGGUCCUCUGUUCUUAAAGAGAGUUGAUUGCUCAGGAGAGGUAAAGGAUAAAGACUUUAUUGCUAGUUUGUUGAAUGAUGCCAUUGAAGAAGUUGGAGAUGACAAAUUUGUUGUACAAAUUCUGACUGAUAAUGCAAGCAAUUGCAAGGCCGCUGGAGAACUUAUGGAGGGUAGAUAUCCACAUAUAUUUUGGACACCAUGCAUUGUUCACACUCUUAACCUUGCUCUUAAAAACAUUUGUAAUGCUAAAAAUGUUUCAAACAAUGAGGAGGUUUAUGAUGAGUGUCAUUGCAUAACUGAAGUUCAUGGAGAUGCUUUAUUUAUCAAAAACUACAUAAUGAACCAUUCAAUGAGGUUAGCUAUAUUUAAUAAGUUCUCUCCAUUAAAGCUUCUUUCUGUCGGUGAUACUCGCUUCGCUUCGAUAGUUGUCAUGCUAAAAAGGAUGAAACUUCUUAAACCAACUCUUCAAUCCAUGGUUGUUAGUGAGGCUUGGUCCACAUAUCGUGAUGAUCAUCGUGGACAAGCUACACUUGUGAGGGAAAAGAUUUUAAAUGACGAUUGGUGGGACAACGUUGAUUACAUCCUUGAUUUUACUCGUCCCAUUUAUGAAAUGAUAAGAGCAUGUGAUACCGACAAAGCAUCCCUUCAUCUAGUAUAUGAAAAAUGGGAUUCAAUGAUUUCAAAGGUGAAGGAGAUCAUAUAUAACCAUGAGCAUAAACAAAGGCAUGAGUAUUCUUCUUUCUUUAGUGUGGUCGAAACAAUACUUCUUAGCCGUUGGAAGAAAAGCAACACUCCACUUCAUUGUUUGGCACAUUCUUUGAAUCCAAGGUAUUAUAGUGACGUAUGGCUUAAAGAGGUCCCCGGUAGAGUAGCUCCACAUGUUGACAAUGAAAUUUCCACACAAAGAUUUAAUUGCUUCAGAAGAUUGUUUCAAGACUUGGAAGAUAGAAGAAAGGUUAAUAUGGAGUAUGCUAUUUUCUCGGCAAGAGAUGGUGGUGUAUUUACCGAACCGGAGUGCUUGAAUGAUAUGUACAUGAUGGCUCCAAAGCAUUGGUGGGCAACUUAUGGCUCACAAGUUCCGAUGCUUCAAGCAUUAGCAUUCAAGUUGUUAGGACAACCAUCAUCUUCCUCUUGUUGUGAGAGGAAUUGGAGCACAUAUAAAUUCAUUCAUUCAUGUACUAGAAACAAACUUGCACCAAAACGUGCUCAAGAUUUGGUGUACAUUCAAAACAAUCUUCGUUUGCUUUCAAGGAGAGGUGAGGCUUAUAACAAGGGAAGAACAAGGUUGUGGGAUGUUAGAGGAGAUGACUUCGGAAAUCUAGAAGAUUCUAUUUGCCUUGGCAUGGCGGAUCUUUCUCUUGAUGAGCCCGAGUUGGAAACUACUUUUGUAGCGGAAGAUGAUGAUGGAUGUCAUAUGGAUGAUAUGUGAAGAUUAAACUUAUAUUUACCUAUUUAUUUGGUUUUCUUUGAUUUGGUUUGUAUGACUAUUUUUAAAUACUCCUGUUGUUUAUUUGGUACUUAUUUGAAUGUUAUGUGAGUUUUAUAUUUUUAAAGUGUUUAUUUACAAAUAUCAAAUGAAAGAUUGUAAAAUUAUCUUUAAUUUGAUAUAUUUAUUAUAUUACC